UACAGAAAUAGAACAAAAACAAUACAACAGCGUUCGAAACGCAAAAUAAAUUGUUAGCAUAUACAGCUGCUUUACGAGUGUUUAUUGAAGUUUUGUUUAUUUAUUCGUUAUAAAAUGCUUUCUUUUUUCUCAAAGAAGAAACCAGAUCCACCACCAGAAGAGCCAAUUCAAGGACCAACUGAUCCCACACAAACAAGUGAAGGUGGGGGAGGUGAUGAUUUUAUUUUUGUAGAACGUAAAACAUCUGAAAACGACCCUGCUAGGCCUCCAACACAAGGUAUGGGAGUGUAUCCUCCAAUACCACCUACGUUUGGAAUGAACAGGUUCUCAGGACAGCCUGCUUACCCACCAACAGCAAGUGUAGCGGGUGGUUAUAACAAUGCAACACCAGUGCCAUACGUGCAAGGAAUACCGUUCGAGUUAGCGCCACAAUUAAGCACGAAAUGUGAUUUUGAAGUAACGCAAUUGCAGGUCGACAGCAUUUUAGCUCUGUUAACGCGUCAAAUGUCCGUGAACGAAACUGAGGAGUACAAUUUUGCUCUGGAACGAUCAAUACAAAAUGAGUGCUGCUAGCUAUUGAGAUUUGGAUACGUAUGCAUUUUAUUUUUACCGCUAGCCUAAAAACAACAUAACUUUAUAGUGUGAAUUUUUAGUUAUAAGAAAUUACGAAUGAAUAUAAUUUAAUAAGCCAAUAAAAUCUUAUUAACUUUAUUGAAUUGAA